AAAUAGUGUUUUUGAAGUUACAGGAAUUUGGACAGUGGACAGCCUUUACAAACCAGCUACACUGUGUGCACCAGAUUCAAAGCAAACGAAUAGAGUCAGAUUGUCAGUUCCCAAAACGGUAAUCCAUCUUCAGAGUUGCUUUUUCUGUUGUGUCUUUUUGCAUGAACAAAAAGAAGGCCUUUUGCUGAAGGGGAAUUGAAAAGUAUGGAGUAUUCAAGGUCCUUCUUGGCUUCUUUUCUUCUUGCUUUGUUGCUGAAUUUGAGCAAUGGACAGCCUCUGGUACCUGCAUUGUUCAUAUUUGGGGACUCUGUUGUUGAUGUGGGCAAUAAUAAUCACAAAUUUACUGUUAUGAAAGCAAACUUUCCUCCUUAUGGAAGAGACUUUGAGAAUCACUAUCCAACAGGAAGGUUCUGCAAUGGAAAGCUUGCCACAGACUUCACAGCUGAAGUACUUGGAUUUACCUCUUAUCCCCCAGCUUACCUUAACUUGAACAACAAAGGAAAUAACCUCUUGAAUGGUGCUAACUUUGCCUCAGCUGCUUCUGGUUACUAUGAACCCACAGCCAAACUAUAUAAUGCAAUUCCAUUGCGCCAGCAGCUGGAAUACUACAAGGAGUGCCAGAACAAAUUGGUGGAAGCAGCAGGACAAUCAAGUGCUUCAUCAAUUAUAUCUGAUGCUAUAUAUCUUGUCAGUGCUGGAACAAGUGAUUUCAUUCAGAACUACUACAUAAAUCCUUUGCUUAACAAGUUUUAUACAAUUGAUCAAUUCUCAGACACCCUCUUGAGGUUCUAUUCAGACUUCAUCCAGAGUUUACAUGCACUGGGAGCAAGGAGGAUCGGUGUGACAUCAUUGCCUCCAAUAGGUUGCUUACCUGGAGCCAUCACUCUCUUUGGUUUUAAUAGCAACGAAUGUGUGGCCAGUUUAAACAGUGAUGCAAUUACCUUCAAUGUAAAGCUAAACACCACAUCACAUAACUUGCAAAACAUGCUUCCAGGCCUCAAUUUGGUUGUCUUUGAUAUCUACCAACCUCUCUAUGAUUUGGUCACCAAGCCUUCUGAAAAUGGAUUUUUUGAAGCAAGGAAGGCUUGUUGUGGAACAGGGUUGAUAGAGACAUCUAUAUUGUGCAAUAGGAAGUCCAUAGGAACAUGCACCAAUUCAUCUGAGUAUGUAUUCUGGGAUAGUUUCCAUCCCUCAGAGGCUGCUAACAGGCUUUUGGCCGAUAGUUUGGUUGCUGCUGGAAUCUCUCUCAUAUCCUAAUCAAACACUUCACGGUUCAUACUCUGGAUUUUCUACACUUGUGGUUGCUGGAGUUGUAUGGAGAUGGCCUAUGUAAAAGACUAAAGGAGAUUUUGUAUUUUAAAUUGCAUAUAUAAAAAUGUAUGCUUUUAUGUUCUUUGUUACUCGAGUCUCUAUGCUUGAGUGUGUGUAAACUUUUCUUUGCUUCAGAUUUUGUAUAGCAAAAUCUUCUCAAUC